AUGUGCGGCAUCCACGCCGUCUUCACCCCCCCGGGCGUCACCCACAUCGUCUCUUCAGACUUGACUCGGUGUCUUUGCAACCGCGGUCCAGAUUACCUCGGCCAGAUUGAAAGGCGCGUCACCUCUUCAACCAACAACGACUCAUCGGAGUGCUGGACGUUAAAGCUCACAUCCACCGUCCUCGCCCUCCGCGGCGAUCACAUUGCCAAGCAGCCGCUCUCCGACCCAGACGCGGACAAAGGCUCCGUGCUCUGCUGGAACGGCGAGGCUUGGCGCAUCAAUGGUGAACCCGUCAGUGGCAACGAUGGAGAGGAGAUUUGGCGGAUGCUGAGAGGGGUGGAAGCUAGUGCUUCUGUGACUACUACUCCUAUUUCGAUGGAAGAGGAGAAGGAAAAGCAUAUCCUGGAUGUCUUCCGAGCCAUUGAAGGUCCGUUUGCCUUUGUUUACUGGCAUGAGGCGGGCCGGAGAGUCUUCUUUGGUAGGGACCGGCUGGGAAGGAGGUCGCUUAUGAUGAAGAGGGAUGAGCGGACUGGAGAGGUGGUGUUGUCAAGUGUUGCGGAGGGGUUGAGUGGUGGUGAUACUAACGCCAACGGGUGGAAGGAAGUGGAGGCUGAUGGGAUUUAUGUGCUUGAUUUGGGCAUGUUGCCUUUGUCAGGCGAGGGUGUAACAUCCGCGGUGUUGCAGCCGAUGCGAAGGGAUUGGAUCAAGGGUGUUGACCCCGCCGAGUUUGUUUCCAGCAUCGGCAGAUUUAACAAGUCUCUCCCACCCGCCUCGGGCUACGCGCCACUGUCAGCAACUUCCCCCUCGGUAGCUGCGCUGAAGCAACAACUUAUCGACUCCCUGUCUCUGCGCGUUCUCAACAUUCCGCAGCCUCCGAAUGCAGACAGAGUAGCACACGACACUCGCGUCGCGGUUCUCUUCUCCGGAGGUUUGGAUUGCACUGUUCUUGCGAGACUAGCACACGAGGUUAUGGACCCGGAGCAAGGGGUCGAUCUCCUGAACGUGGCGUUCGAAAACCCGCGCGUUGUGGCCCAGCUUCGCAAGGAUCAUGCCAAGAACAACGGCGGCAAUGGUGAGGUCGAUGUCGACAGCAUCGACUUCUACGAGGCCUGUCCCGACAGAAUCACUGGCAGAAAGUCGUUCGCCGAGCUGCAGAGAGUCUGUCCUGGACGGGCCUUCCGGUUUGUAGCUGUAAACGUCCCCUAUACCGAAACCCUUUCCCACCGCCAACAGGUGAUCUCCCUCAUCUAUCCGCACAACACCGAAAUGGAUCUCUCCAUCGGCUACGCCCUCUACUUCGCCGCGCGCGGCCAAGGCGCGUGCACCCACCUAGACGGCUGGGUGGAAGAGGAGUACACCUCCCCGGCCCGCGUCCUUCUGUCCGGCUUGGGAGCCGACGAACUCUUCGGUGGUUAUUCCCGCCACCCGUCCGCCUAUGAGAGGGCCGGAUAUGCCGGUCUUGUUGAUGAACUCUUGCUAGACGUGGGUCGUCUGGGCAAGCGGAACCUUGGUCGCGAUGAUCGGGCCAUGUCUCACUGGAGUAAGGAGGUGAGGUUUCCUUAUCUGGACGAGAGACUGGUGAAGUGGGCCAUGGACACUCCGGCGUGGGAGAAGUGUGACUUUGAGAACGAGGGAGGGGAAGUCGAACCUGGCAAGCGAGUUUUGAGGCUGCUUGCUCUAGAGUUGGGUAUGGAAGGCGUGGCGAAGGAGAAGAAAAGGGCCAUUCAAUUCGGCGCAAGAACCGCCAAGAUGGAAAGCGGAAGGGUGAAAGGAACCACCCUGAUCUCUUAA